GCGGGCAGAGCGGCGGGCGGGAGGAGGGCGGCUGGCCCGGCUGGCCCGGCCGCCCCGCGCCCCCGCUGCCCGCCCCCCCCCUCUGCCCGCCGGCCUGGGGACGGGGGGCCGCGGCGGCCCGCUGCCGAGCGCGGCGGGGGGCGGCGAGCGGCGGCCGGAGGAUGCAGGCGGGGCGGGCGGCGGCGGGCUGCCGUUCCCGGGUCGGGCAGCUAGAGAGCAGUGCAGGGAGCGAAAUCCCGGCCGAGGAGCCCCUGCGCGGCGGCGGCCGGGCGCUGGGAGCUCCCUUCCUGUCGGGGGCGGCUCUGGGCUGGAGGCCGUGAGAGGAGCCGAGCGGCGGCGGAGGCCCGGGCCGGCUCCCCUCUGCUCCCCACUCCCCCUCUCCCAUGGCGGAGACUAAAAUCAUCUACCACAUAGACGAGGAGGAGACCCCCUAUCUGGUGAAGCUGCCCGUCCCGCCGGAAAAAGUCACUCUGGCCGAUUUUAAAAAUGUCCUCAGCAACCGGCCCGUGCACAGCUACAAGUUCUUCUUCAAGUCCAUGGACCAGGAUUUCGGGGUGGUAAAGGAGGAGAUCUCAGACGACAAUGCAAAGUUACCUUGCUUCAAUGGAAGAGUGGUGUCCUGGCUGGUCCUGGCUGAAAGCUCCCACUCUGACACAGGCUCCCAAUGCACUGAGAGCCACACUGACCUUCCGCCACCCAUCGAGAGAACAGGCGGCAUUGGAGACUCCCGGCCUCCAUCAUUCCACCCAAAUGCUGCCAGCAGCCGGGAUGGCCUGGACAAUGAAACAGGAACGGAGUCAGUUAUUAGCCACCGGCGAGACAGACAUCGACGGAGAAAUAGAGAAGGGCAUGAGGAUGUCCCUCGGAUCAAUGGCCAUCCGAAACUGGACAGACACCGUGAGCACCCUCCUGGUUAUGACAGUUCUUCUACCAUGAUGAGUAGUGAACUGGAAUCCAGCAGCUUCAUUGACUCUGAUGAUGACGACAACACAAGCAGGUUGAGUAGCUCCACUGAGCAAAGUACUUCAUCCCGGCUCAUACGGAAGCAUAAACGCAGGAGGAGGAAACAAAGGAUGCGGCAGAUUGACAGGUCGUCUUCGUUCAGCAGCAUCACUGAUUCUACCAUGUCCCUAAAUAUCAUCACUGUCACACUCAACAUGGAAAAGUAUAACUUCCUGGGAAUCAGCAUUGUAGGACAGAGCAAUGACCGGGGUGAUGGUGGCAUAUACAUUGGCUCUAUUAUGAAAGGAGGGGCUGUGGCAGCAGAUGGCCGAAUUGAACCAGGAGACAUGCUUCUGCAGGUGAAUGAUGUCAAUUUUGAGAACAUGAGCAAUGAUGAUGCAGUACGGGUUUUACGGGAAAUAGUCUCCAAACCAGGACCUAUCAGCUUAACAGUAGCCAAAUGCUGGGACCCUACUCCCAGGAGUUAUUUCACCAUCCCCAGGGCUGAACCAGUGAGGCCAAUUGACCCUGCAGCGUGGAUCUCUCAUACCACAGCCAUGACGGGAGCGUACCCCCGUUACGAAUUAGAAGAAUCUCCCUUAACUGUGAAGAGUGACAUGGCUACUAUUGUCAAGGUUAUGCAGCUACCAGACUCAGGCCUUGAAAUCCGGGACAGGAUGUGGUUAAAAAUUACCAUCUCCAAUGCAGUGAUAGGAGCAGAUGUGGUUGACUGGCUUUACACACACGUGGAAGGCUUCAAAGACCGACGGGAGGCUAGAAAAUAUGCCAGCAGCAUGUUAAAACACGGCUACCUCAGGCACACUGUGAACAAAAUCACCUUCUCGGAACAGUGCUAUUAUGUCUUUGGAGACCUCUGUGGCAAUAUGGCUGCACUGAACCUUAACAAUGGUUCUAGCGGAGCCUCGGAUCAGGAUACUCUUGCUCCACUUCCACAUCCUGCUGCUCCCUGGCCGUUAGGCCAAGGAUACCCAUAUCAGUAUCCUCUGCCCCCUCCGUGUUUUCCACCAGCAUACCAAGACCCAGGCUUUAGCUAUGGUAGUGGCAGUGCAGGGAGCCAGCAAAGUGAAGGAAGCAAAAGCAGUGGCUCGAACCGAAGCAACAGCGAGAACAGCAGGAGGGCUCUUGGCAGAGAGAAGGACCGCAAGUCAGCUGGCAGCGGCAGCGAGUCUGACCACACUGCCCGCAGCGGGGGCGGCGCCAGUGUCGUGCGUCGCGAGAGGCCUGUCAGCCAGCUCAGCCACCGGAGUCAUGUCUCUGCCACCCACAGCGAGAGAAGCCACCACAGCCAUCAUUCUUACGGGCCUCCAGGAGUGCCGCCCCUCUACAAUCUCCCCAAGCUGGGCUCCAAAGUCUACGGGACGAGCGGACCCCCUGGAGGGCCCCCCGUGAGGGAACUGAGCUCUGUUCCUCCAGAGCUGACGGGGAGCCGGCAGUCCUUCCAGAAGGCUAUGGGCAACCCUUGUGAAUUCUUUGUCGACAUCAUGUGAGAGGAAGUGCCUUCAGACUCUGCUUGGGGAAGGGCCAGGGCGGGGCGGGGGGGGGGGAUUGUUUUGGGGGUGGGUGGGCGAUUUGGUCAUUGUCGAACACUUAAUGGAAGAAACUUGACUGUCUUGCAUGUCACACCUUCCUGGUUUGCAAUUGUGUUGCAGAAAAAUUAACAAAACAAAAAAUACAAAAAAAACCCCCACCCCACAAAAAACAAACAAAAAAUCUCCUGGGAUUGUUAAAUAUCAGCAAACUGAUGGCAUCUUUUCUUUAUCCCUUUUUGUUGUUGUUCCUUUCUUCCCCUCUUGUUUUUGAUUGUGAAUGGCUGGUGUAUAUUCACAUCUUAACGAGCUUUGGUAAUUGUGGCACCUACUUCAGUGCAAUUAGCGUAUCCUUUUGGCUGAUUCAAGGACUAUUAUUUCACAUGACUUCUAAAUUUCCAGUAAUGCAUAGUAGCACUUUUAUUUUUCCCUGCUUUUUCUCUUACAAGGAAAAAAUGACCGCUGGCUAGUAUCUGUGAUACUGCCUUGUAACGCUGUUUCUUGGAUGCAUCAGUCAGCACUCUAAGCAGACACGGCACCCGCGAGCGUACAGACAACACGUGCUUGGAAAGGAGCAGGCUCAAACCAAUUCCUAGCAGAAGGCAAAGUUGUAAUUACGUUCUUCUGCUGACUAGGGAGUAUAAAUCAAUCCUUUUUUUUUUUUUUUUUUUUUUAUAAAAAGAUAUUAUUGUAUCAAGGGAGUGGUGGAGUCUUGCUACUGUAUGUGUUCAUUGUGCAGAACUUGUAAAGUUAUUUCAUUUAGUAUCACGAUAGUGACUUUGUAGCUGCAGUCGGUUCCUGGGCAUUUCAGUCACAUCCCUGCUGACAGAUGUGUCUGUUUGGUCUGGUUAUAAUGCGCCCUUGCUUACAGCUUUUAAAAGUUGUUUCCACAGAAGUAGGACAAUUGCUGCUAUGUGAUUCUGUUAGUGUAGCUGCAGCUUUUCCCUUUUGAAGGGGUAUUUAUCCCAUUCUAGCAGAGAUGUAGGUAAAUCCUGGCUCCCACUGGGACAUGGCUAUUCAUUUUGAUCACUUCUUUUUCCAUUCUUAAUUUCUGAGCAGUAUCUUUCUCCUUUUUUGAAAUAGAAACCUGGAGAUGUCUAAUCCCAAUUGCAGUGUUACCCAAGGGAACAUGUUCUGAACGCAGAUGGGGGCUAGCUGUUAGCAGAGAGGUGAGAGGGUGUUCUGAGAACAGCUCAUAAAUGGUACAACGAAUGAAUCUUUAUACCUGACACAGAGCGAGACCCAUGCUAAAGCUCCUGCUGGGGAGCUUUGACUUAAGCAACUGCUUUUGAAGUCUUGGCAAUAUACAUUACUGUGUAUUUUUCGCUCUAAGGCUAUGGAGACUUGAUGAAGUAUGUUCAGAAACCUUCACUGAUGUUUAAGAAGCUUUUUAAAGUAUCUGAAUGAGGGCAUGGUAAGAGCAGACCCACACUCUUUUAUGGUGGCUCAUUUAAUGGAAAUACGUGUUAAGCUGCAGUCACUUAGUGGCAUUUGACCAUGGGGCCGUGCCUCAGUUAAAUCCUCCUUUGUGAGAUACCUGCUUCUGGCAGGUUUUAGGACAGGUGCUUUAAAAUCAGUCUUUACUGUAUAUAAGCAUUUUCUUCACUAGUAAGAAGCUUCUUUUUGUUACGUUCCAUGCUUUAUGGGUAGUGUGAAUAUCCAAUAUGAAUGUCAAAAGAGAACAUGUCUUUCUCACUAUAUAUGUGUAGUUUCAUGUUCCUUUGUCACCCUGAAAAAUUACUCUUCAAACUGUCCGUUUUGUAUGUUGUUCAUUCUGAUAGAUUUUUCACUACUGCUUUUCUUAUUACAGGUCUGUGUGUAAGCACGUCCCUUUUACAAAAGUCAGAGUAACAUUUUCAAAUGUCUGUUAAUUGGAGACUUAAGUCUCGCUUUCAAAAGGGAGCUAGGCAUUUAGGAAACUGUGUGUCACUCAGAGUAGGUACUCCACUUACUGGGCUUCUAAACUAGCUGGGUGGUUUUGGACAGUUUUCUUUCCAAAAAUCUCCCGAAAAGCUACAUAACGUUUCUGAAAGCAGUGCUUUCGUCGUAAUCCAUCUGAUGGGCUAACACAGAUUGGGAAGUUGGUGAUGGCUCGUUCAAAAGAACGGCACUGGCUGAAGCUUGACUGUGCAACAGUAUCCUUUCUUUUCCUUUCCUCCUCCCAGUAGCACAGCAAAGAUGCUAACUAAACUCAGUAAAGCAUUUUGAAAGAAUGACAUUUAAAGCGAUGAAAUAAAUCAGGGUGAAACAAUUCUGUAAUUCUGCUAUGUCUCCAGGAGACACUGUUAAGGAGUCUGUGACUUUACUGACAAUCACUAGUGGUUCCACUUUGAAAUCAAUUUUAACUUUUCUGGUCUCUUCUAUAUUACGACUUUUCUGCCCUGCCUUAUCUUAAGGCAGAACUUAGAGGGCUGGAGGAAAAGACUGUAAUUUUAAUAACAUAUUCCCAAAAGGGAUUAAAGCUGGGGCUGAGCUUUCACCCAUGGCAGAAACGUGUUUAAUUUCCUCAUGUCUUUUCAAGAGUUGCGGUUUACACACCUGCUGGGUUUUUUUGUCUUAUUGUUACGCUGUUGGCAGAAACUGUUCUGUGUCUUGCUGGUCUUUGCUGCUAUGUUGAAACGACUGUGUUAUAUACUUGUGUGUCUGUGGGUAACUCUGGAAUGAGGCUGACAGUCCGUAACAUAGGUGUGGGAAAGCGUUGGUCUGCUGAGGAGAUCAGGCUGCUAAAGCCAGCCUGAACUAGCUUCACCCACAAUCAGGCAUCCUUUUCGGGCAAAUAUGAGCGCUCUGAAUGUACUGACAGAUGUGCUAGUUGGUUAAUACUGUAUAGCAUGUAGAACCUGCUAAUUACAAAGAGCAGUAGGAGAAUGUAAAUGACCCUUCUGUGAACAGUGCAAUACGUAAUGGCCACUGUGUGUAAAACAAAAGCCUAAUUUCCCCGCCUUGUAGUGUACCGUGGAGAGGCUGGUUUGAGUGAAUGGAAACUUAGGCCUGAAACAUUGCUAGCUCUUAAUUUUCAGAAGUGAAUGGAGACAGGAGAUUUCCCAAAUCCCAUCCUUGGCUUUCAAUGCAUGCGCAUGUGUCUUUGCAACAAGGGGGCCUUGGGGCCCAACUGUGCAAGUUUCUCCGACUGGGUACAGUACUACCUGCCGAAAGAAGUGCCACUGAUGCCAAUGAAGCUACUUACAGUAGCAAGUGCUGUGCCAGGUGGAAGAAAGUUUGAAGGCUGGAGUCCUGCAGAAGUCUGUUUCUCUCACCAGGGCCUGACAUUUUUUCUCUGAUUUUUAAUGUCAGUUAACUGGCACUGGCUGGGCUCUAGAACGCACGACCUAUGCCUCUAAUUACAACGGAAGUUAUGGGUUUGCUAUAGAGGGCAUUGAAACAAUCUCACAACAGGAGCCUUAAAUAGUUGACGUGUUUAUUCUAGAAGUGAGACCUUCAACAUCUGCCUGUGCUCUGCAGCUGAGCUUAAUGUUCACGCAUACCUGCCAACAGCUGUUCAUAAGGACUAACAGGUAUGUUUGGAAGAUCGUAGAAGAUGAGGAGAAAACAGUUUGGGAUGACGUCUUCCUGUCCAAAGGAGGUAGUAUGUGUAGGGGUAGCAUACCCACCCAGUAUAUUAACUCUGAGGAGUAAGUUUUUUGGCAAAUAGUCUUAAAAGCACUGCUAUUGUCUUUUACCUCCUGUUAAUAAAUUUACUUUUCAAAGGUAACAGUCCCCUGGACACUUUAUCCAAAGGUAUAUUGGAUGGCAAGCAAUGAUGCACAGACAUUGACUUUUGAUAUUAUUUUUGUUCUAUUCAAAUGGGCAGUCCCAUCUUGAGACUUGACAGCUCAUAGGUUGAUGUAAUGUUUUUGUUUUGCAUUUAACUGGAUUGUAAUAAGAUUGACUUAAAAUUAUUAAUUCUAAUCAGUGAUUAGAAAUACAUGUAAAGAAUUUUAUGUACAGUAGAGGAACAAAGUUACAUGAUUUUAAAUAAUGAAAACUUAGACUAUCACCUAUUCUAGAAUUGGUUCUACUCAAAGAGUGACCUCUUACUAGCAUGGACUGCACUGUUCCUGUUAAAUGUCUAUUGCAUAAUUGAAUUCUUUUUUGUAGAUAUUGUAUUAAAACCCAAGUGUCUGUAUAGUUAAUAUAUAGCUGCUUAUGUGUAAAUGCUAUUUUAAACACUAAAAAGCUUUUAAUUUUAUG